AUGUUGCAUCGGAGCACAUCAUCGCGAUGCUGUAGGCCAUCGCGGAAUAUGACGAAUGUCGGCCACAUAUCGCCGAACACAGGACCAAAGGGACGACGAGCCAGCGUGGCAACCGACAAACCAGUCGAUCUGCCACCCCCGUGUCUUAGAGGCACCAUGGAACGCCAACGUUCACCCCGCAGCAGCAUCGUGCCUGACAUCGCACUUGACAUGGGAAACGACGUCGAGGGCAUCAACCAUAAGCCUCUUCUGGAGCGUGAUCAAUAUGGCGAAUCGCGGAACGUGUUCAACCAGAAGAUCAGUCGCAGUCCACGCAACUCCUUGGUCCCGGACGACUACUACAGGCCCCCACGAAAUGGGGCACGCAGCCCUCGGAACAGUUUGGUCCCCGACGCUGGCUUGACACCGGACAUGCUGUACAGCUCGCGACACUCGUUGGUUCCCGAGGCUUCCCUGAGCCCGAGGAACUCCUUGAUACCGGACGUGACGCACAACAGAAGCGCGAGGAACAGUCUAGUUCCUCUGACAGGGUCCAGGGUGUCUCUGAUGUCGGAGAACGGGAACCCUCCGCCACCUCGCAGUCCCCGGCACUCUUUGGUCCCUAAUGCCUCGAGGAGUCAUCGUGGAAGCAUCACCAACAUGGAGCUGGUCGAUCGUAGCCCCCAGAGAAGCCCACGGGGAUCUAUAGCUUCGGAAUGCUUGAAUCAGAGCCCGAGGAACUCGAUCGUUACAUACGACAUGAAUAGAUCCUCGCGAGGAAGCAUCGGCGUGAAUGACGUGCCCAGAGGAUCGAUCGGCGGUAACGAGGAAGACACGAGAAGCCCACGGCGAAAUAUCGAUCCCGAAACGAUCGACAGAACUCCGAGGGGAAGCCUAGGCGGAUUGCAGGAGAGGAGGGUCACAAAGACGAGCCUGAUGGCGCAGGAUCCGAGGAGGGCCUCGGCUGAUCAAGGUAUGAACGGCAACCGGAAUUCCUCGCCCUCCCGGCAGAAAGAGGUGAACAACUCGGGAAGCACGAAGUCUCGUGGAAGCACGGUCCAGAUAAAUUUAGGUUACACCCAGAACACCUUCGAGGAUUCUAGACGAGCCAGCAGCUCCGUUCGUGUCGGUGUUCAGUUUUCAGGCGACGAGUCGCGCCGGCUUUUCACCAGCGGCGCCAAAGUGCCGGAGAGCACGAUGGAGAACAGGAACUUAGGCGUGAUAACCUACGGGUCGGUGGUGUUCCAACUGAAGGACGCGAAUCUGGAGGCGGACAACAUCUGCGACUUCGUGUUCCGCGGGCUGAAGGUAGUCUGCAGAACGAAGGUGGUCACCGUCUGCCUGGUGUGCUUGACCAUGAUCCCGGUUCUUAUGUUGAUUUACGGUUGGAACUUCUGGAAGGACUGUCCGGCGGAGUCGAUGAUAACGCUGUACAUGGUGAUCGGUGGGACCUUUGGCACCAUGCUCAUGGUGUUACUCAUUUACUCGCAGAUACGCUCGAGGAGACCGAACAUGCUCACGGUGCCGUCGACCAGACCUCAAAUUUCUUUCAUGAAGUUGAUCAUCUUCAUCUUGUCAUGCUUCCUAAUGGUCUGGUUCGUGAUGGGAAAUUACUGGAUACUCCACAUCAUGUGGCCACCCUACAAUUUCGUGGUGCACACGCCCAACGAUCACUGUAACAAAACGCUCUACGAGUUCUCUUUGGUGCACCUGGGAGUGAUAUACAUCACCCUUGGAAUCACGCUGCUCGUGAUAACCGUGCUGGCGUCUUUCAGAAUCCUGGCCUGCCCGCUGCCGGAAAGAUACAGAUAACCACAGCGAUUCACUCGUGUAAAGGAAGAGGAUGACGGGCACAGUGUCAUCCAGGGCCACCUUCUGAAAACUGUCGCAAAAUGGAACCAGGAUUACUUCGAACGUGGCGAUAGCGUUUCCAACGACCAGGCAAUUCGCAAAUGCGCACCGACGGAUAACAAUAACGGCCCCUCGAGUUGCAACGCGAAAGGGGUACACUUCGUGUUCAUGUCCUGCGACGCCGAGUCGGAAGUGAACUCUGACGAUCAGGCGCAAUUGAAGUCACGACGCUUGAUCAUGUCCGAGAACCGAAGCAUCUGGCAGAUCGCGAGCAAGUACGAGGGAAAAGAUGCAGCCGUCAAGGAAACUCCUCCGCCGACCACGUCGACCUUCCCAUCAGCAGCGUCGACGAAGAAGAAUCCAUUUCUG